AUGGUCCAAAAGACAUCUUCUGGCUUCAGGGCCUCAAUUGACGAGCCUGAGCCAUUAUCGCCAUCUGAGAACUUUCGACGUCCGACACUACAAUCACUUUCAAUGCGAAGUACACAGAUCGCCAGCGCUACUGUGACCCCCAUUCCUGACCGUGCGUCAUCAACCAUCAUGUCUCGAGAUGCGUCGCCUAUAUCCUCUUCUCAGUCGUCGAAUCGCCAUGUACCAAGUCCGAUCGCAGCGGAAACAUAUACGGAACCGUACCUGAAGUUCAUGAGCCAAAACCCCACCGUAUUCCAUGCGGUGGACGCCUUCAGCACGCAGCUUGCUUCCUCCGGCUUCGAACAUCUUUCAGAACGAGAUCGGUGGACUACGAAGCUCAGGCCAGGUGGAAAGUACUAUACUACACGAAACGGCAGUGCGCUCAUAGCAUUCGCUAUUGGCAAGGAGUACAAGCUAGGAAACGGCGUGGGAAUAGUCGCCGGACACGUCGAUGCCUUGACCGCAAAGUUAAAGCCCAUCCCGAAGCUGCAAACCAAGGCAGGGUAUGUGCAGCUUGGUGUUGCGCCGUAUGCGGGGGGGCUGAAUGAUACUUGGUGGGAUCGAGAUCUUGGAAUUGGUGGGAGGGUCCUUGUAAAGGAUUCAAAGACUGGGAAGAUUGAGAAGAAACUGGUGAAGCUCGACUGGCCUAUAGCACGCAUACCGACGCUGGCACCACAUUUCGGCAUGGCAGCGGUGGGGCCUUUCAACAAAGAGACACAGAUGGUCCCAAUCAUCGGUCUAGAUAACUCAGAUCUAUCCGGUGUGGGAAACCACCCGCCACACGAUUCCAAAAUAAAAGCAGGCACUUUUGCCGCCACCCAACCCGAACGACUUGUGCGAGCCAUCGCAUCAGAAAUGUCGAUCGACGACUACAGCUCCAUUAUUAACUGGGAGCUAGAACUCUACGACACCCAACCAGCCCAACUCGGCGGGCUAGACAAAGAAUUCAUCUUCGCUGGCCGGGUCGACGACAAACUCUGCUGCUACUCUGCCAUCGAAGCCCUCCUAGCCACCUCCUCAGACACAUCCCCCGGCAUCGUGAAAAUGGUCGGCUGCUUCGACGACGAGGAGAUAGGCAGUCUCCUCCGCCAGGGCGCCAAAAGCAACUUCAUGGGCAGCAUCAUCGAUCGCAUCUGCGAGGGGAUGCUCUACUAUCAAUCGAAUGAGGCCUCGAACCGCGGCGGUGGCCCACAGUUUACCCCACAGCUCGGACCGAACCUCAUCAACCAGACCCUCGCAAACUCCUUCCUCGUCUCCUCCGACGUCAUCCACGCCGUAAACCCUAAUUUCCUAGGCGCGUCCCUCGAGAACCACGCCCCCCGCCUCAACGUCGGUGUCGCCAUCUCCGCCGACUCGAACGGCCACAUGACGACCGAUGCCGUCAGCACCGCGCUGCUGCAGCGCAUCGCCGAGAAUUGCGGCAGCGUGCUGCAGGUGUUCCAGAUCAGGAAUGAUGUCCGGAGCGGUGGGACGAUCGGACCUAUGACGAGUAGCCAGCUCGGCAUAAGGGCGGUGGAUGCCGGCAUCCCGCAGUUGAGUAUGCAUAGUAUUAGGGCGACGACCGGGAGUUUGGAUCCCGGGCUGGGGGUUCGGUUGUUCAAGGGGUUUUUCGAUUGGUUUGAAGUGGUAGAUAGCGAAUUUAGAUGA